GUAGCUCCCCCUUCGUUUUGCCGGACUUGGUAGAGUCGGUGGGCAAGAUGGCGCUGCGGACCUUGGCUUCAUGCUGUCGUUCGUUAAUGCGUGACAACACGCGUAGAGGAAUAUUGUCUGCUUCGUCACAACCGGGCUGUGUUGGGUCGCGUUUUGGAGCUCGACGGUAUCUCCUCUCAGAUGACGUCAUCGGGCUACGAGACUUUCAGCGCAAUAAGCUGGCAACGGUUCACCUCGUCGCUCGCUCAGAUGGGAGUUUCCCCGAGCGGUUCGCCCACAAGCUGCAGGGGAGCAGUCUGAUUUUGAAAGACGAGCUGAAGCUGCUGCUCCACAUGUGCCAGUCUGCGGAGGACACGGCGAUAGCGCGGGACGCCAUCUACAGGUACCAUGCAGAGAACCGCAAUAUGGCAUACGGAGAUUUCCGGUUCGGUCCUGUCUUCAUGAGACAAUGCUACGAGCUGGGUCUGGACAAGAUGGCCACUGAUGUACUUACAGACGAGAAAAUGAGAGGGUUUUUCAUCGAAGCCACCUCCUUCAACAUCGUCGUGGACAUGUUGUUCACGAAUGGCUGCCUUGAAGACGCCCUGGAGGUGUUGAGGUCCAUGAAGAGCCAAGGUGUCGCCUUCAGCUUUGGAACGCACAUCCUGGCGUUCGGCGUCUGCUACAAGCUGAACACGGCAGAGUCGUACACCAUAUGCACGUCGCACAUGGAGGAGGCUCAGGCUGAAGGGCUGGUCAUCCCUCGACGUGCUUACUGCUUCGCCGUGGCCUUGGCACUCAAACAGAACGACAUAGAAAAGGCGUUAUUGUGGUUUUCGCAAAUACUGAGCAGUGAGAACCGGUUGUGCCAAAACCUAAAGGUUUUACUGCUCGCUAUGUCAGGAGCCACUGAGGAUGCCAUCACGGUCCUCUCUGCAGCCAUCCAUUCUAGAACUUCCUCUUUCAUCAGGAAGCCUGUGUUUUCUCAAGAGGUGCUGGAUUCUUUGCACUCGCAAGCGGAGGACGGGGAACAAACGGCGAAAGUGGAACAGGUCGCCUCUCAGCUGGACCAAGCCGGUCAGGUGACCCGGCGGACCCUCGACGACAUGCUGUGCGAAACGCCCACCGCCAAGAAGAGCACGUCGCCCAUUAUGGAGGAGAGUUGGUUCCGUAAAAGGGCGAUGAGGCCAUACACCUCCGAUCUGCUGGCAGAGUGACGCGCUCGGCCUGGUCCGAGGUAACGUUGCCAUUGGACUCGGUCUGUGUUUGAUCAAAGCUGCUAUAUUUGUUACCAAUCAUAAACAGGAUAUGAAUGAUGGGUUUAAUAAAAGACAGUGUAUUGAUCCAUUAAAAGAAACGUUUUGGUAAA